AUUCUAAAUCGAUCGUUGAGGCACGUGGAACGAGACGCAAGGGCCCAGUCAAACGUAGCGGGCCUCUUUCAGCCCUCUCGAAAAACAACAUGGAAGAUAAUGCGGCAUGAGCAGCUUCACUUAGCUUAGCAAGCUAGCUAGCCGAACUGGCGGCCGUCGUCGCAUAGAUUAUAGCAACAUAAAUAAAUAUGCAUGGGCAUAUUAGUUUACUUUUUGUGCACAUGGCAUAUGUGGUGAUGUGUUAUCAUGUGUCAUUGUUGAUUAAAAAGCUUUUUAAAACAGGUUAUUGUAUCUCUUGUAUUAGCUUUUAAGCUAAAACAAAAUGGCGCUUGGAAAAUCAGUCCUAGCAUUCUUGCUAGUUAGCCCCAGUGGGUGGAGGGCGGUAGCCCCCUAAUACAUUACAUAAUCGAGGUGUUUUCAUUGGUGGCCAUAAAGUCUGAGCAUGUGUACUUUAGUUUAGACCUAAUAUUAUAACGUGUAUUAAAAGUUUAGAGUGAUAGUAUAAUGGUAAUCUUUGUCUUUCAAUCACAUAACUGUAGUAGCCAACCACCCCGAACGAUACCGCAGUCAGCUGAAGACAUGUUUUAUUUGCCUUAUUUGAAUGGUCAUGUGACGAUAAUGCAUUUCAUCCCCCCAAACAGCAGUUCUCCUACAGAAGUUGUGAGUGGCGCUGCCUUAAAGCGGGUCCCUGGCACACUGAGCUGGACAGUCCUUUGUUUCAAUUGGACUCUUACAUCAGGCUGAACCAGAUCCAGGUGUACAAAGUCCGCAGGUUGAUGCAGCAUGUAGUACUCCUGAUAGGCAGUGGAUGGAGCCAGUGGUCAACAAAUAACUUCCCACUUUAUUAGAGGAAAUUAGAAUGAGACUUUCUACUUAAGUGCUUGAUUACCUUGAUGGAAGGAAGAACCUCAAUUGUCCUAUUGGUUUUAUUCUAAAGUUCUUGUCACUAAAUGUGAAGCUUUUUUUUUUACACCGCAAAGACAUGGAUCAGGGAGGAGGGGUGUUGGAGCUGCACACUCAGGAGCUGAAAAUGCCCCAUGCUAUGAUCAUGCAGGAUUUUGUUACAGGCAUGGGAGGUCUGGCUCAUAUUGAUGGAGAGCACAUUGUGGUGUCUGUGCCUGAGGGCAUGCUGCUUUCUGAUGUGAUGACAGAUGAAGGCAUCCUCCUGGAGCAUGGACUUGAGGUGGAAGGUCUGGAAACUCAAGUGGUUCAAGGCCUUGAGACAGAAGUGGUAGAAGGACUGGAGACUGAAGUGGUGGAGGGCUUACAUGCAGAUGUAGAGGGCUUGGAGGCUGAGGUUGUUGAUGGGCUUCAAACUCAUGUGGUGGAGCUGGAGGCUCAGGUUGUUGAGGACCUGGAUGGUGAGGUUGAAGUGGAGGGCCUUGAGGCACAAGUGGUUGAGGGCCUGGAAACUGAAGUAGACGUGGAGGGUCUGGAAGCUCAUGUUGUUGAAGGCCUCGAGGAAGAGGUGGAAGUGGAGGGCUUAGAAGCUGAGGUUGUUGAAGGUCUGGAGGUAGAUGUAGAAAGUCUGCAGUCUCAAGGAGUAGAAGCUCAUGAAAUCACGAGUGAAGACAUGGUCCCCACAGGACACAGUGUGAUCAUGCCUGAGAAUAUCCUGGGGACAGAAGUUGCAAUAGAGGAAGCCUUGGAUGCCCAUCAUCACCAUGUCUUAACAUCAGACCUAAUUCAGGACUCAAAUCACCACCACGAUGACAUGCCAGACCAGGUUUUUGUGGCAGAACUACUGUCUGAGCACCAAGACAACACACUGGACCACCAGCUUGUGUCACAAGGGUUGAUGGUGACAGAAGCGAAUUCCGAGACUAUAAUCCAUCAGCAGCUGCCAACUGAGGCUGUUCCUCUGCAUACAGAUGAGGAUGAUGAUGGAAGGAGCAGCUCUGAGGAUUACCUCAUGAUCUCCCUUGAUGAAGUGGGAGAGAAGUUGGACAUAGGAGACACUCCUCUGGAGAUCAGCACUGAAGUAAUGGAGGACAAAGAAAUCAAAGAGGAGGAUGACUCUGAGGUUAUCAAAGUCUACAUCUUUAAAGCUGAAGCAGAUGAUGAUUUAGGUGGAACAGAAGUCAUAACAGAGGAUGAUUACCAGAACGGCCAUCCUGAUCUGGAAGCAGCCUCAUCAGGCAGACUGGGAGUUGGCCGUGACAAGAUGGUGUACAUGGCAGUCAAGAACCCACCAAAGGAGGAAGAGGAAGAUGAUGACGAUGACGACAGUGAUGACGAUGAUGACAUCAGUAAUACUAUUGACCAGGUGAAGAACGGAGUGGCUACACCUUUUCUGCAAAUCAGGGAGGGACUGGGCACAAACCGUGUGCUCAAACCCAAAGCUAAGAAGAAGAAGAAAGGAGAGACACGGCAGUGCCAGACUGCUGUCAUCAUUGGACCAGAUGGGAUGCCUUUGACAGUCUACCCUUGCCACAUCUGUGGAAAGAAGUUUCGCUCACGGGGCUUCCUCAAAUGCCAUAUGAAAAACCACCCAGACCAUCUGCUCAAGAAAAAGUACCAGUGUACAGACUGUGACUUUACCACCAACAAGAAGGUUAGUUUUCACAACCACUUGGAAAGUCACAAGCUCCUGAGCCAUAACAGUGAGCGAUCUCCAGAAUAUACAGAGUACACGCGGCGCUACCAUGAGUCCAGUCCCCUGGGUUCUGAUAAGCUCAUUGUCAAGGACCGAGAGCCCAAACUGCAUCACUGCAAGUACUGCGAUUACGAGACAGCCGAACAGGGUCUGCUCAACCGUCACCUGCUGGCAGUGCACAGUAAGAACUUUGCACACGUGUGUGUUGAGUGUGCCAAAGGCUUUCGUCACCCGUCAGAGCUGAAGAAACAUAUGCGGACCCACACAGGUGAGAAGCCCUAUCACUGUCCGCACUGCGAGUUCCGCUGUGCAGAUCAGUCCAACUUAAAGACUCACAUCAAGAGCAAGCAUGGUGCAGAUCUGCCCUUCAAGUGCAGCCACUGUCCACAAGCCUAUGCUGAUGCACGUGAACUCCAGCGUCACAUAGAGAUGGUGCAAGGCCACAAGACCCACCAGUGUCCGCACUGUGAGCACAAGAGUACCAACUCCAGUGACCUGAAACGGCAUAUUAUCUCAGUUCACACCAAGGACUUUCCCCAUCAGUGUGACGUAUGUGAGAAAGGCUUUCAUAGGCCAUCUGAGUUGAAGAAACACGCCGAGACACACAAGGGCAACAAGGUGCACCAGUGUCGGCAUUGUAACUUCAAUGCUCCUGACACUUUCACCCUGAGUCGCCAUAUCCUGUCCUUGCAUACAAAGGACCUCCCCUUCAAGUGCAAGCGCUGCCGGCGAGGCUUCCGGCAGCCCGCCGAGCUGAAGAAACACAUGAAGACACAUAGUGGUAGAAAGGUUUAUCAGUGCCAGUAUUGUGAGUAUAACAGUACGGACGCUUCUGGCUUCAAACGACACGUCAUCUCCAUUCACACCAAGGACUACCCCCACCGAUGCGACUACUGCACCAAGGGCUUUAGGAGGCCUUCGGAGAAAAGCCAGCACAUAGCCAGGCAUCACAAAGACAUGUUGAUGUAAUAAACACACUCCUUUCCCGAGUAAAUCUGUGUCACACACCCAGAGGUAAUGUUAGUGUAUUAACAAAGAAAUGACUGAUGCAGGCAGAACAUGAAGAUGUUAUAUUUGCUGUUUGGUGUUGUAUAAGGUUUAAACCUCCUCCCUAGGGGUAAUGCAAGAACAUGUUUUAGACGGUGUGAAGUCUAAAAAGACUGUGCGCACUGAGUGGAACAGCUGUAAAUGAUCUUUUGUUGCAGAAAAUCACAUAAGAACAUAUAUUCAGGGUCUUAAAUGUCUAUAUUUUUCUACCCAUUCAGCUGAAAUGCUGCAAGAUGAUGACUAUGUCAGUGCUUUGUGGACAUCAUGCUAUUUCUUCAGUUGAUGCAGAAAGAGUACAGUUUGGCUCCAUCGUACCAACCAGUAUCUUUUCCUUAUUAACCAGCUUUUACCCUGAUGUUUUUCUCAGUGUUAUCUGAUAUUAAAUAUUCAGAAACAUCCAUGAGUUCAAACUGAGUUGUCAAUGAUGUUGGCAUACAUAAUGCAUCAUGAAAAACUUUUUACAUCAAUUUUACCAGUUUAAUUUCCAUCAUUGUUGGAUUUUUCCUCCUAAGCCCAAACAAUUUGAGUUCCAUUAAAUUGAUCAUGUAUUAAUAAUACAGAUUAUUUUAUGUAAUAUAUGUCUUAAAAAGAAGAAUCAGACAUUUUCUGGCUCUGUUGGAAGUGUAAUGCCAGGAAAGAGAAGGGCACAGCUCAUAUAUUAGAAUAUCCCUUUAGUGUACACACAUUUCUGACAGAAAUCUGAUGAUCUGCUAUGUUGAUGCAGAUAACUGACCAUUGUAUUAUUAUUAUUAUCAUUAUUAUUAUUAUUAUUAUUAUAUGAACACAACAGAUGGCUGACUUCACGUUUCAUAACCCCUGAAGUGAUUAUAUUGUAUCUUGACUGCCACUGUAAGUUGCAUACGUGUGAUGUUACCUAUGACACAGAUGUACUCUGCUAACCAUUUGAUUGCAAUCAUGCCUUACAUCUGUUGGUCUUUAUCCCUUAAGCACUGAUGAACACACCUAAUCAGAAAAGAAGUGAUUCUUAACUCUCAAACAUGCUGUAUCAAUGCCAUUCUCUUGGAGAUUAUGUGUUUGAGUCAGUAGAAAGCACUUUAAUGUUUUUCUUUUCUUUUUUUGUUUCUUUUUUCUUUUUUUGUGUAUUUUGAUGACAUAUGGGAGUUAAUUGUCUAGGGAUGUAUCUCUAUGUAUAAAGAUAUAUCCAUUUAAAAAACACAGAGCUUAGGGGUAAAGGUGAGGAUUGUUUUGAGUAUUAACUCUUAACAAGUGGGCACGAUUCAUCACUGCAUAAUUGAAUUGUCAUUGGAAGUUGUGGGUGAAACCAUGUAUUGUUUUGUUCUAUGGAUAAGUGAUCGGGUUUUGUGUUUUGUUUGUGCUCACUAACAAGUCUCCCACACAUUAGUCCUUCAGUCCUAAAUAACCAAACCAGUCCCAGUCAUGGGAUUAUUUCCUUGAAGUCAGUGGUCAUUAUAUUGGCAUUAGUCUUUAAAGUAUGCACAUAUGAUGUCUCCAUGAAAUUAAUUGUGGUAUAUAUUAAAAAUCCCCGCAUUUCGUGUACUUUAGUCUAUAUUUUUCUUUCAGUCUGAUUGUGGAUAAACUACUGGUGGGGAAGAACCAAAAUAAACAAUUAUCUUUUUAAA